AUGGCUGAGAGCGCCAACCGCAGCCCCUUGCGCGAAACACCCGCGACAGACAGAGACCCGAGCGUGGACCCGGCGGCGUAUAGCAACUUUGCGCGCGCGAAGGAGGAGAACUUGAAGGGCGGGGAGGAGGGAGGGGAGAAGGGCCCGAAGCCGGGGAUGGUGAAGGCGCUGUCGUUGCCAUCGAUCGCUACGCUUGUGGGGCCUGCCACGUCACCAGCGCCAGCGCCAGCGCCAGCGCCAGGCACCGACACCCCACCGCCAGUAACAGCGCCCCCGCAGUUCGUACACGACCCGCGCUUCCCGUACCCCGUCUUCAUCUACGCCCACCCGCCCCCACCUAACGGUGCUUACCCCACUUAUGACGAGCGCGGCGUCCCGAUUCCACACCCCUACGCGUACAUGCCUUACCCGCCCAUCGCCCCCGGCCAGGCCCCCGCUGGUGGUGCCGUUGGCGGUGGCCCCGUGCAGAGCGGGCCGGUGGUGACGACGGACGACGUCGCGGCGAAGCUCGGCCCGCUGGUGCGCCGCCGCUGCUUCAACUGCUGCACGACGGACACGAGCACGUGGCGCCGGAGCACGCUGAGUCCGGGCAAGGUGCUCUGCAACAAGUGCGGCCUCUUUGAGCGCACGCAUUCGCGCCCCCGCCCCGAACAGUUCCCCCACAAACGCGUUUUCCGCCCCGUCGACCCGUCCGCUGCGCCCCAUGCCCAGGUCCAGGCUGGCGGGUACCCCACCGCCCCAGCUGCAGGCUACACCGUCCCAGCACACGCGCCGCUGCCAGUUGCGGGCCCAGCCCUGCCGAAUGGCCGAAAUGUCGAAGCUGCGCAUGACGCGCUGGACCGCGACGCGGAGGGCGAGUACGAGAACCCGACCGUCGGUGUACAGCAGGUAAAGGGAGAGGCGUGA